AUGCAGGAGGCGAAGCUGGAGCCCAACGUCAUCGGUCACAAUGCCGUGAUCAGCGCCUGCAAGAACGGCGGGCAGUGGCAGCGGGCUGUCGCGCUGCUUAGCAAGACCAGGGAGGUGACGGCAUGGCAGGCCGACGUGACCAGUUACGCUGCUGGGAUCAGCGCAUGCGGGAACGGAGAGCAGUGGCAGAGGGCUUUGGAGCUGCUCAGCGGAAUGCGGGGUGCGAAGCUGGAGCCGACAGUCAUCUUCAUUUACAGCGCUGGUAUCAGUGCGUGCGAGAAAGGCAGGCAGUGGCAGUUGGCUUUGGUGCUGCUCGGCGAGAUGCGGGAGGUGAAGCUUGAGUCCGACGGUGUGUCUUGCGGCGCUGGGAUUAGCGCGUGCGAGAAGUGCGGGCAGUGGCAGCGGGCGCUGGCGUUGCUCAGAGAGAUAUGUGAUGCGAAUGGCGCCAGCGCAAUUUGCUACAACGCUGGGAUAAUCGCCUGCGAGAAGGGCAGGCAGUGGCAGCGAGCGUUGGCGCUGCUCAGAGCAAUGUGUGAUGCGAAGCUGGAGGCCGAAGUCAUCAGUUACAGCGCUGGGGUGAGCGCGUGCGAGAAGUUGCGGGCAGUGGCAGCAGGCUCUGAUGCUGCUCAGCGAGAUGUGGGCGGCGAGGCUGGAGCCCGGAGUCGUCUCAGUUACAGCGCCGGGAUCAGCGCCUGCGAGAAGGGCAGUCAGUGGCAGUGGGCGUUGGCGCUGCUCGGCGAGAUGCGGGAAGCGAAGCUGGUAUUCGGCGUGGCCCCCGAGGGUCCGGGCCGGCCCGCGGCGGCCCGAGCGUUCUCCGAGACCGUCCAAGGACUUCAGAAAGGCGUGCACCGGCCAACAGGCAAGAGGCGGGGGCCCACGGCGGCCCUGGGAGAUGAGCUGCCUCUUCGAAGGCUGCUCAAGGCCCCGGCCGCCUCCGAGAGGGCCCCCGAGAGGGCCCGAGACUGCCCUGGAGGUCAGACAGCCCCCCUGGACGCCUUCAAUCGGCCAGCAGGCAUGGGAUCGGGUACGCUGGCCAGCAUACGAGCAGGAACGCUUGAUAUCGAGUUGCGUGAGCAGCAGGCUAGCAGCCAUGGCGGCCCUACCCAGACGGCAGCUGGCGCUCCCGGGGCGGCCCUGGACGGCCGCCAGAAGGCCUAUGUCGGGAUGCGAGAGGCAAAAGAGUUGGACAAGCAGGGCCUGGCGCUUCUGGAGGAGCUGCUCGGGCUGGCGCGGCGGGGCGAGGCGCUCGGCUCCGACCCGGACGCGCGGCACCGCCUCGCGGCCGAGGAGGUGGAGCCGCUGCUGCGCGCACUGCGCGAGGUGGUGGAGGACGGGGAGGCCAUCGCCCAGCAGGCGCACGCCGCCGCCGCGUCGGCAGCGUCCGCCGCGCCCGACGAGGAGGAAGAGGUCUGGGACACGCUGCGCAUAGCCGACUUCAUCGAGCAGGAUUUGCAGCUGAAGGAGGACCUCGUGGGCGGGCUCACGCACGCCUCGUCCUCGGAGGAGGUGGCGGCGGCCCGAACGCUCUGGAGCACCCGGCCUUGGCUGGAGCACCCGUCGCUGGAGAGGACAGGAGAUUGA